AUGAAGAAAAAACAUGAUGGUAUUGUUUAUCAUCUUAUAGAAGUUCUGAAUCCAACCCCCAAAGUAACAAAUUGUUACAAUUCACUGUGGGUAAAAUACAGUUUUCAGGAGACAUACAUGACCCAACUUGUCAGCUCCCAGCCAGUUCCAACCAUGUCAAGGAACCCAGUAUCACUUUUUUUUAACCUCUUUCUUUUUAAACAGGAUUUUCAGCAGGAUGGCAGACAUGCGCUGGCUCGUCUUAUCAUCUUUUUCUUCAGAAGACUUCAGAUGUUGCUGCGCUUUUUUUUGAAUAACCAUUUGCUGUAAAAGGAAUAUAAAUGUCAAGUUCUGUUUUCUUUCUACCCUCUAAGAAGCAUGAAUCCC